AUGGCUGCCAAAUGGGAUGUGUCUGGCUUGGUGCAAGAAAGCACCAGCAUGGCCUCUUUGGUUAGUGCAAGGAAUGACUGCCCCAGGAUGGCUGCCAGCUUGGUGAAGCAGUGGUUGCUAAAGCUCAAGGGUGCCACUUUGUCAGCCACAGACUUGGUCCCUUUGACCCAGCACUUGGAGCAGCUUACUUUGCCUGAAGGUAGCAAGCAGUCUGUGCUGGAAGCUGUGGAUGAGCUGGUGAUCUCUGGGGGCAACCUACAGUCUUCAAUGAAGUUGACACAAAUGCCUCAAAAGCAUGACUUCAUCCACAACUACCUCACCCAGAAUGAUUGGAACACCUUGCAUACCCAGGGGUUGUGGGCAGGAGUGAAAACCUUGGUUGCUCGCCUGAGAAAGAUUGGGGUGAAUUCUUGCAAAGAAGGAAUCAAGAGGCAAGUGCUGGCAAUUCUGGUGAUGAUAGAAUGUCAGCAAAGGAAGAUGCCACCAUAUGAGGAAAUCUAUGAGCUUGGUGACCAUUUCUCUCAAGCUUUCAAUGCCAGUUCAUAUCGAUGUGCCCAAGGAGUACCAUCUUUGGCUGAAUACCCAGAAAAUCCUGAGCAGGUUGGACCCAACUUUGUGUCCUUGGCUUACCCAGCUGGUGAACCACCUGUGGCCAAGCACCUCGAGGACAUCAACUACAUUGCCUGGAACCAUAUUCCUUUGAGAGAUACUUCAAAGCUGCUCAAAAAGAACCAGAAGAAGAAGAAUGGCACAAGGAGAAGGUACAAGGAUGAGUGUGAUGAUGAUGAUGAGGAUGAUGAUGAUGAUUGUCAGAGAGCCCACAUCCUGCUCAAGAAGGCAAAGGAAUUGAUGAACAGUGAUGAUGGUGAUUUGGCUUUGGCUUUGAAAGCUGAGAAAUUCAAGCCCAAGAGAUUCAAAGCCUUGCCUUCCCAGUCUUCUUUCAGUUUUGGCAGUGGGGCAGCUGGAAGUGCACAAGCAAGUCCUACCCCAAGCCAAGUGCCCAUGCAGUUUGGCUUGCUUCUUCCAGGUCCAGAUGGAAGCAGUUUGAAGCUUUUUUUUGAUUUGCAAGUCUUGCUGCAGGAUGGUGGGAGCCACAAAUAUACUUGGAGCAACAAAGGGGAUGCUGGCUUGAAACCGUGCUUGCUUUGCAAUGUACAAGCUGGGCCCAAAGGAGGUGAUGAAACCCUGGCUGAAGGCUUGGUGUGCAAACUGCAGAAUUGCAAUCGAUGCAGCAAGGGUGAUAUUGUGCUGCUACAGGGCGACAUGGUUCAAGCAGCUCAAGUUUUUGCCUUUGUUGCAGUGCCUGGGCAUGUCCUCUGCUUGCUGCAAUACUUGGAUGUGGAAAAUUGCAAUUUGGAAACAGCUUCAGCCAAUUGCACCUUGUCACCAACAAAGGAUUUGGUGAGUGUUGAGUACUUGGAAGCUUCUGAUGAGAUGUGGUAUGCUGAAGAGGUUUCGGUCUCCUGCGCCGCGACCACCACUGUGGACGCCGCUGGCAUCGCGGUAUAUGCGAACGGAGCGAAGACUCUGUUCUUGUACAGCCUUGGAAUGGCCAUUUACAGCUGGCUGUUUUAG